AUGACAGAAUCAAGAGCCUGGGUAUUCUCAGAGCGAGGUCUACCAUGGGACGUCCUCAAUCUUACAAGCCAGCCUAUCCCAACUUUACCGCCUCCCCUUCCCUUGCCAAAAGACGUGCCGGACCCAGAGGAAUGGAUUCUUGUCAAAGUGGCCUUUGCAGGCUUGAAUCCAGGUGCCAUAUUCCAGAUGACUCUCGUUCCGCCAUUUAUUCGGAAACCAACCUGUGUUCCUGAGAUGGACUUUUCAGGCACUGCGAUCGAUGUCUGGCAUCCUGAUGACGAAUCUGGAUCAGCACGGUCAAAGAGAUUCAAUAAAGGUGACAAGAUUCUUGCUAUGCUACCAGCCAGCCAUACUUUGCCUACGGGAACAGGUGCUUUGGCUGAAUUUGUUAGAAUUCCAGCUCGAUAUGCUGUGAAGAAACCAGAGGGCGUGAGCUUUGCCGAUGGAGCUGGCUGCUUACUGCCAGGCUUGACAGCACGGCAGCUUGUGAACGAGUCUGGUGCAACGACCGGGCAUCGUGUUUUGGUCAAUGCAGCAAGUGGUGGAAUUGGGUCUCUGGUGGUACAGAUGCUCCGAAAAGUUGUAGGACCUGAAGGAUAUAUCGUUGGCAUAUGCAGCGGUAAGAAUGUCGAGUUGGUCAAGAGUCUUGGUGCAGAUGAGAUAAUCGACUAUACGCAACAUGAUCAUCUAUCCAAGUACCUCACCGAAAGAUUCUUACCAGAACCCUUCAACACCAUCAUCGACACCUUAGGCCAUCAAGCCCUAUAUCUCGCCUCACCAUCCUAUCUUGUACCCGAAGGCAACUAUUCCUCCGUUGGCAUCAAACCACCCACGUUCUUCGUCCCAGACUUCCUCCGCGCUGUGCUGCAGAUGAAGCUCAACGAAUGGUGGCCAGUAUCCCCAUGGCUCGGUGGUGUUGGACGAAGAUGGUUGGGUACAUCUAUGAUGAGCCCUACACUUGAGGAUCGUCAGGCUGUCGCGGAUAUUUUGGGCCGUGGCGAUAUAAAACUGGUCAAAGACAGUAUCUGGCCGUUUGAGGAGACUAAGGAAGCUUAUAGAAAGCUAGGUGGGCUUCAUGCUAGGGGCAAGAUUCUUGUCAAGACGUUCCUGGCCUCCAACAUGGCUUCUGUACCCAUCAAGCCCAUUUUCGUCCCCGGCAAUGACGAGUACCAUAUUAGGCUUCUUUCUGUCAAGCUGACCGGCUCAUUCUCCAACACAAAGUAUAUAUCUUCUCUGAUAAGACCUGCUACAGUCCUCACCGUACUGCCAUACAAAGAGAGUGCUAUCAAUUGCUCUCCAUCACACUGUCCUGCCCCCAAAGAGCUCCCGGGUCUUCUUUUGAUCUGUGAAACCCUGGAGGAACGCCAGGAAUAUCAUUACAACAGUCCUCGACGAGUGGCCAUGUCCGUCACAGCUUUCUUGGCUAAUGGUAUUAGUGUGGAGGCCGAUACUUAUGUCUUUCUGGUUGCAAGUUUUGAAGAAGAAUAUUGGGACGACUGGGAGUUACAUGCGUGUGUUUCCUCUGAGAGACCUUAUCCCAUCUCUUGCAUAGCACCAGAAGAGCUGGUCUCAAACAUGCCAGGCAUCGCAGACGAGGAUUCCACCAACGACUCAGUGAGCACAGAUCUGGAAGAUGGAUGUUGA